CGUUCAAUGAUUUUCUUCAAUUUAAUUCAGUUCGUUCUAAGAACUUAUUGUGUUGAAGGUGUCUCCUAUUAUAAAGAGUAUUCAGAUCGUCUAUUUGAGAAUAAACCAAGAAUGUUUGAUCAAAAGUUGCUUACGAUCUUUUCGAUCAUUUCUGUGACUUUGAUUGUGAGCAUCGAUGGAGCGCCCAAAAAAAUUCUUAUUCCAGUCGCUACGCAGUUAGUCAAUAUUGCAACACAAGGGAAAACACCAAUAUCAACUCCAAUACAAAAGACACAAAAGAUAUUAUCGAAUCCAGCGAAGGGGACUUCUACUGGAUACAGAAAACAAUCAACAGGAUACCAUAAAUCAAGUGAUCCGCUGCUUCAAAAAACUAUCCUGUCAACGUUGACAAAGCCGAAGGCUCCAACUUAUAAAGCGGCUGUAGUUGAAGUGAAUCCGGUUGCUAGAGGUGACACUAUCGAAGGUGUAGCCAAAGUUACAAAACAAGUCGUCGAUAUAAUUGAAUCAAAAGAUUUAAAUGGUGUAGAUAUUGUGGUUUUACCGGAAGGAAUUUUGAAUACGGCGAAUACUGCAAUUCCACUGCCAAACAGCACUUUGUACUGCGAUGAUCCGAAUGCUGAUGCCGUGUUACGAAAACUUUCAUGUGCAGCACAAAAGGCCAAAAAAUAUGUUGUAAUCAAUUUAUAUGCCAAUGAAAAAGAUGAACAUUUUUCUACACAUCUCUACAAUAUGGCGAUCGUUUUCGAUCGACAAGGCACUGUUAUUGCGAAGUAUCGAAAAUAUCAUUUAUUUGGUGAACGUGGUGUUGAGCGCCCAAAAGUGCCGGAUCUUACUACGUUUACAACGGAUUUUGGUGUGACAUUCGGCGUUGCCAUUUGCUUUGAUUUGAUGUUUGCGAAUCCAAUGGAAACUCUAAUCGCUCAUGGAAUCAAAAAUUUUGUUUAUCCCACGUAUUGGUUUUCCGGUCUACCAUAUUUAUCUUCUGCUCAAUAUCAGCAAAGUUGGGCCUAUGCGAACAAUGUUAACUUAUUGGCAGCAAAUACGAAUGCGCCCAAUAUCGGAUGUUCAGGCAGCGGAAUUUAUAGUGGACGAUCUGGGGCGUUGGAGGUUUUUGUUAGCUUAACACCAGCAACAAAAGUACUAAUUGCAGAUGUUCCAACGAAUGUAUCAGCAGAUCAUUCAGGAAAAAUGAAACCAAUCAAGAAAUUAAUGGCAAAUGAAAAACUUUCAAAAUCUCGAUCAAUAAGUACACAGGACGUUGCAAACUUUGGACGAGAAGAUUUUUCAAAAUAUUCGAUGAAAUUUUUGGACUUUUCCAAUAAUCCCAUCCAAACUGGAGAGAUUUGUAUCGAUGACUUUUGCUGUGAAUACUCAAUUGAAGUCAGCGAUCUUGGUCAAUUAAAGGGAAAGUCAAGUUAUUCGUAUGCGAUAUCCGUGUUUCAUGAUCUUCGUCAUUUCAAAGACAAAAAUACUUCAAAAGCCGGUCAAGAUGUGUGCAGUCUGAUCGCUUGCAUCAAGAAUUCAAAAGAAAAUUGUGGAAUAAUGAUUCCCAUUUCGAAAGUACACCAUCGAUACAAUUUCAAAAAAAUACAGCUGGAAACCAAACUUCCAAAGACUCACAUGAAAGUAAUGCCAAGCACACUCUCAACCGAUUUGCAACCAUUCCAAGCGAACGAUUUCGAUUUCAAAUUAUCGGAAAUAAAAGAAGCCAACAAGUAUGCAGCUUCAUUAAGUUUGAAUUCACCAAAACAAGAUCUAUUCACAUUUGCAAUUUUUUCGAGAGACUAUGACAGAGACUCUGCGUAAAGGAUCCAAAUAUUUAUAUAUUCCAUAAUAAUCAAUAAAUAUUGUCAUUGGUUUUUA